UAUCAAUAAAAAUACCCUCAAAUUCUCCGCCUAGUUUACUCCUCUCGUAUAAAUUUCACUCUUCCUUGUUUAAUUUAUUUCCAUUUUUGUUUUAAAUAAAUUUCAUUUUCUUUUUUACUUUCGCCGCUGCAAGUGCAAAUCCAAUGGCUGCCAUCUUCCAAGGAGUUGGGGCGGCUCCUGCGUUAUCAUCAUUACCCUCCAAUUCUUUCGAUUCCAAAAAUAUUCUUUUUUCUCCUCGUAGAUCCUUCUCCGUGAGGAAAGCGCCGAGCUUUGUGGUAGUCAGAUCUGAUGGAACCAUGAACUUGGAUUUGAAUCCUAAAGGUCGAAGGGCUCAACAAUUUAUUGCCAAUGCAGUUGCGACCAAAGAAGAUAGCUCCGCAGCGUCGUCAUCUUCGAAACCAGGGCAUGAGCUUUUACUUUUUGAAGCUCUACGAGAGGGAUUGGAAGAAGAAAUGGAGAGGGAUCCCCGUGUGUGUGUCAUGGGUGAAGAUGUGGGUCACUAUGGAGGUUCCUACAAAGUGACCAAAGGACUAGCUACGAAGUUUGGGGACCUUAGGGUUCUUGACACCCCUAUUGCGGAGAACUCUUUCACUGGCAUGGGAAUCGGAGCUGCUAUGACUGGCUUGAGACCCGUUGUUGAGGGUAUGAACAUGGGAUUUCUCCUCCUUGCUUUUAAUCAGAUCUCAAACAAUUGUGGUAUGCUUCAUUAUACGUCUGGUGGCCAGUUUACCAUACCGAUAGUUAUUCGUGGACCUGGUGGUGUUGGACGGCAACUUGGUGCAGAGCAUUCUCAACGCCUUGAGUCCUAUUUUCAGUCAGUACCUGGAAUUCAAAUGGUUGCAUGUUCAACCCCUUACAAUGCCAAGGGAUUAAUGAAGGCUGCUCUCAGAAGUGAGAACCCUGUUAUACUUUUUGAGCAUGUUUUGCUUUACAACCUCAAGGAGAGAAUCCCAGAUGAGGAUUAUAUCUGUAAUCUUGAGGAAGCUGAGAUGGUAAGGCCUGGAGAACAUGUCACUAUUCUAACCUAUUCAAGGAUGAGGUAUCAUGUGAUGCAGGCAGCAAAAACUUUGGUGAACAAGGGUUAUGAUCCUGAAGUAAUUGAUAUUAGGUCAUUGAAACCAUUUGAUCUUUACACCAUUGGUAACUCAGUUAAGAAGACACAUCGUGUUCUCAUUGUGGAGGAGUGCAUGCGGACAGGUGGUAUUGGUGCUAGCUUGACCGCUGCCAUCACUGAGAAUUUCCAUGAUUAUUUGGAUGCUCCAAUCAUCUGCUUAUCUUCACAGGAUGUGCCUACACCAUAUGCUGGAAGAUUGGAGGAAUGGACUGUAGUUCAGCCUGCGCAAAUUGUGACGGCGGUUGAGCAGCUCUGCCAGUAGUUGUGAUAGCAGUAAUAGUGAUUCCAUAGUUGAAGUUCUGUUAAUCUUGUCGUGUUUAGUAAGAAAGCAGUUCUUUUGCAACAUCGUUUUCGAUCUCUAAUUCCUGUUCCUUGGCAAUUUUGUCAGUUAAAACUUGCAAGUUUUCAUCAA